AUGCGCAGACAUGCCGAUCAAGACUAUUCACCACCAUCAAAGAGACAAAGAGAUCGAUCAGGAUAUACAGAAAGACAGCGUUCAGUUUCUCGAAAUUCCCCUACUUCAAGGUAUAAAGACUCCAAGUAUGCACAGUCAAACAGACAUUCAUCAAGAUCUAAGAAUUCAUCAGAAAGAAGAAUUCAUGGGUUAGAUAAUUCCAGAACUCUUUGCGUCAGAAACUUUUCAUCGAAACUGAGUGCUGAUGUCGUUGAACAAUAUGUUUAUCGAGAACUAGGAAAGUAUGGUGACCUUUCCAUUAGUGUUGGACAUUUGGGAGGUGAACGUGUUGCACUGGUUACCUACAAAUAUUCUGAAGAUGCACAUGAAGCACUUUGUGAAAGUCCAACCUUCUACAUACAUGAUCGUCUUGCAAAUGUUACUCAAUUCACUGAUAUAUCUAAUGAUGGUGAUACACGAAAAGUAAUUGCUACUAAAAAACGCCAUGAAGGAAUAGAAAUGGAAGAUAUAAAUGAUCGUCGGCAUCUGUUACACAAUACUUCUGGGAAAUUAGAACCCACCUUCUCAGACUUUUUGCCCAAGCCAACACCACUUGGUCCAUCGGGUACAACAAGCCUAUUAGGCAUGCCUGGGAUGGCAUCUUCUGCGAUGAUGGCAGCUGCAGCAAAGGCUUUGGGCUUAAGUGCUGUCCCUGGGGUGUUACCACCUCCACAGUUGAGCACAAUAAAUCCUCAUAACCGUUUUGGACCUGCGAAUCUUCGACAUUACGAGCACAACAGAGGUGGAUACUCUCCUGGAGCAUCUGAUUCAGAAAAAGAAUCAAAAGCUACACGAACUUUGUUUGUCGGGAGUUUGGAACCAGACAUAACAGAGAAAGAAGUGCUAACCGCAUUUGAGAGGUAUGGGUAUGUUGAACAAAUUGAUAUUAAGCGUUCUCCAAAGCCUGGUGCCCAUUCUUACGCGUUCGUACGCUUUCAGAAUGUUGAUAUGGCCAGUCGGGCAAAAAUGUCUAUGUCAGGCCGCUGUAUUAGAUCUCUACACUGUAAAAUAGGCUAUGGUAAGGCAAUACCAUCUCAUUGCCUGUAUAUUGGUGGUGUAGAAUCGUGGACUUCUCCUGACUCACUGCAACGUAUGCUGUUACGUUUUGGACCAAUUACAUACCUUGAUUGGUCUCCGAGACGUAAAUAUGCAAUAGCUGUGUAUGAUAGUUGUGAGGCAGCGCUUGAAGUUAAUAGACAACUGAAGAGCUUCUCACUAGCUAGUCGUCCAAAUCUUAGACUACGUGUUGAUUUUAUUAGUCCAGAGUUUGUACAACCAAGACCUCAAAUCUUAAACAAAACUGAUCUGAAUUCGGAAGUUGAUAAUCAGAUGUCAGAAUUACGAAAUACGAUGACCAGAUCUGAUAUAAAUGAUCCUGUGAACGUAAACAAUAAUCGCAUUCGUUCAAACGAACAUUAUGGCGGAGGACCCUAUACAAUAAACCAUUACAAUUUAGGAGAUUCUUCUUUGGAUAAAGGUCUUUCAAAUGUACGACAACUACCUCAUGUGAAACCAUCUUUCUAUAUGCCUAAUCGAUAUCAAACAUAUAAUCGGAAUACACCCAGAUACUCUGAUAAUCACGAUACAUUUAGUCCAGCAGAAGAUAUAACAUGCAGUCUAAAAUCGAUCAUCACUCUCCGAGAUCUGGAUCAAUAUCUUCAACCGGAUUUGUGGAGAGGAAGGUUCUUAUUAAAAAAUGAUCACUUUUACUUUCGUUGCUUGAUGGUCAUUGGUAAUAAAGAUGUAAGUCAAGAUUUACUGAAUUAUGGAAAUAAUAGUAGUGACCCUUCUGAUAAAAUAUCCCAUCCAACAUUGCGUAUUGUACGCCGCGGUAACCUUGAUGCUUCAUGGAUGGCUGAGGCUACACAUCGUAUCCAAAAUGUUUUGUCUACAGCCUGUCACAAUCUAUGCCUAAUGCUAAUAUUACCGGAUAUGGAACAAACCAAUAAGUGUAUACAUAAAGAAACUAAAGUAUCUAAUCAGUCAACUUCUGACGAUACCAAUAUCAAGUCAAAAAUAAACAAAUGUUUUUCAUUACAAAUUCUUGUUACCUAUCUAAAAUUGAAACAAUCAGCUGGUAUAAUUUAUCCAUCUGAAGAAAAACUUCCAGAAGAAUCACCGAAUGAAAGUUCAGAGGAGAUGAAGACUACAAAACACUAUCCCUUUAUAGUAUAUUUAUUUGCACCGAGUAGUUUUGCACUAAGCUUACUGAAACAGACAGCACCUUAUUUAAGUUCAGAGUUAGCUACAACGAGUGAUUAUAUGGUGCUGUUAGCAAUGAGACGUUAA